CCGCGUAAGCAGCCAUGUGAGACGGGAUUACGGUAAUCAUUAAAUCAAUGAAGUGUGUUCGAAAUGACGACUUGUUGUCUUACGGCGAUGCUGAUUGUAAAUCUAGUUUGACAUUGUUAGCGGAUAGAUUCACGAACUGGGCAGGAAAUCCUUGCAUUGAGAGAUUUAUGUUCUAGUGGCAGUGCUUUCUGUUAAGUCUUUUGCUUCUGUUGAGUUCUGACAGUCACGACAUAAACAAAGAAUAUGGCUGCAAAUCGAAGAAAUGCUGAUUCCAGGAACGGGAAAUCUUCUGAGCGGUCUUCUUAUUCCAAAUACAAGUCUAGUAAACGACAGCAACAAGACGUUACAGAGAAGACAUCUGCAUGGUCCAUAUCAAAUAUGGCCCGUUCGUGUUUUAUUUUUGCACUGGCCAUUGGAAUAUCGUAUUUCCACAGAAAUCAUAUAGCAGGAAUGUUUGAACGAGAUCGUCAUUUUUCCCAUCUGUCAUCAUUAGAACGAGAAAUAUCAUUUAGAACUGAGAUGGGUUUAUAUUAUUCAUAUUUUAAAACAGUCAUCGAGACACCUACAUAUUUAGAGGGUAUUUAUGCUGUAAGCCAUGAUAAUAUUACAGAAUAUCCAGAUACCAUCAACACAUUAAAACGAUUUAAUUUGUACCCUGAGGUCGUUAUAGGAGGAUUAUAUCGACUGUAUGAAGGAGUCAACGCCCAUUUAGGAUAUCAGACGAAACAGUGUUGGACUGUGAAUCGAGGUGAAGGUCUCUCACCUGUACCAAGUUGUGAAGGUCUUGGUGAUCCAGCCUAUUUUUAUGUAGAAACAGUUUUUACGUUAAAUGGUGCCAUGAUGGGAUUAUUUUUUAUAUUUGGUACAUAUCUAAGUGGAAGUUUAUUUGGUGGUAUUAUAACAGUUGUUUGUUUUAUCUAUAAUCAUGGUGAGGCAACACGUGUUCAGUGGACUCCACCAUUAAGAGAAAGUUUUGGUUAUCCAUUCCUUGUGUUAGAAAUGUUGAUUAUUACUCAUGUUUUAAGAUUAAAAGAUCCAGGACUAUUGAAAUACUCUUUACUAAUAGCUUCUGCUUGUGUGCCUUUUAUGCUCUUCUGGCAGUUUGCCCAGUUUGCAUUGUUGACACAGACUAUAUCAGUAUUUGGUGUUUAUGUUUUGCAAUUUAUAGAUAAGCGUAAAAUAAAAGUUAUUUUAAUCGGACAAAUGUUAGGGUUAUUAAUUAGUUAUAUACUAUUGUUUAGAAAUGAAAUGUUACUCACAUCAUUCUAUGCCUCUUGCCUGUUAACAGUCAUGCUAAUAGUAUUUUUAGAACCAGUAUUAAAUAUUUUACGAUUACGUAUAUUAAUCUGGAUUGGUCAAGGUGUUUUGUUAUGUGGUUGUACAGUCGGAUGUAAAUUAUUACUAGCUAAAUUAUUCAACGUACAAGAUGAUAAACAUAUAGGUGAUAUAUUUCGCAGUAAAUUUUCUGAUUUCCGUAAUUUCCACACCAUGUUGUAUAUCUGUGCUGCGGAGUUUGACUAUAUAGAUAAAACAACUUUUAUUUUGCUGAUUAAGACAUUGUUAAUACCAUCAGCAGUUAUAGCUAUACUAGCCAUUACAUUUAUGCUAUUGAAAAGAGAAUAUGAGGAAAGGAAAAAUACAGAUUCUAUAGAAAAUUCUUCUAGUAAAGAUAACAAAAGUUCAUCUAAACAUAAAGAACAUGCAGAGCUUGUAUACCAUGUGUUUCAAACGUUGGCGUUUACAGCAAUGGCUGUUUGUAUAAUGAGAUUAAAAUUAUUUUUCACGCCCCACCUGUGUCUAAUGACCUCUUUAUUAGCCAGUAGAGAUAUAUUUAGUUGGAUUGGUAGAAAGGAAUGGCAUUUUGCAUUAUUAGCUCUACUCGUAGCUGGUUCCAGUUAUCAAGGUUUAGCAAACUAUAAAAAACAGAUGGGCAUAUUAGGAGAGUUUAAUAAUGUACCCAUGGAAGAACUUAUAGAAUGGAUAACUACCCAAACACCACACAAUGCUGUAUUUGCUGGUCCCAUGCCAACAAUGGCUACUGUGAAGCUUUGUACAAAACGUCCAAUUGUUAAUCAUCCACAUUAUGAAGAUGCUGGUUUAAGAGCAAGAACAAUGAAAGUAUACAGUAUGUAUAGUAGAAAACCAGAGGAGCUAGUCCAUCAGUAUCUCCUCGAUUUACAAGUAGAUUACGCGAUUUUAGAAAAUUCUUGGUGUGUAAGAAAAACAAAGCCUGGUUGUAUGAUGCCAGAGAUCUGGGAUAUUGAAGAUGUAGAGAAUAGGGGGAAAACACCAGUGUGUACAAAACUCAAAGAAAAACCAGGACCAUAUUUUAAACGAGUUUUUCGUAACAUAUUCUACGAUGUUUUAAAAGUCUUAAAAUCAUAAUAUUGUAUAUAGUUGUUUAUUUUUGUGGUAUGCAUGGCUUCAGUUUUAAUCAUAUCAACACAAGCAUUUAAUUGAAAAUUGAAAUUUUUCUAUUUAUUCUUUAUACACAUUAUCACAGUUUUUAGCCAUGUACUGUAUUUCAUUACAAAUUGCUGCCAUAUUUUUCUGCAUAAAUAUAGUUAAAGAUGUUUGUAUUAUUCUGUACUCAUCUUUAUGUGCCAAUGAAGGCCUGCAAAACUUGUAAAAAUAUAGCAACCAACACAAAACCCACAUCGCCUUGUAUCCCCUUAAUAAAUCAUUUAAAGAAAAAACUGCAAUUGAAGACCCCAACUUGCCAGAAUUAAAACCAUACACAAUACACGUUGGAAUCUGUUGAUAUUAAAUCACCAUUUUCAAGGUAAUUUCUUGUAGAAGCUAGCCUAUUAAUAGGCUUACUCAGAUGUGAUUUAUUACCUAAUAGUACAUAUUUUUACCUUGUGUUAGAGUGGAAGUGUCCACUAAGUGUCGGUGGGGGUUUUAUUCCUAAAUAUUUAUUAGCAAAAUAGAAGAGAAAGUUAGUCAUGAGGUGUAUAUUCCCCUUGUCUUAAAAUAUAUCAAAUAAUUAAUAUUUUUAGCAGGUGUUUCAAUUCAAUCCAGUCUAUUCUGCAUGUUUGUUUUCGUUAUUUUGUAUUCAGAUAUCCUAAAUGACAUAAUAACAACAGUUUAUACCAUGGUUGCUGUUUUGCCUGUAUAUGCUGAACUUUACUGAGGGUAAUAACUAUUACUAAUAUUUCAGGAUUGAUUAAUUAAAUGAUCAAACCCUUUAUGGUGUAAUACACCUACCUCAAUUGAUUACCUACUUAAUUUACCUUGCUUGACUACCUUUGUCUGCCUUGCUUGACUUCCUUAAUCUACACGAUUUUCUUUAUAUCUUAAUCCUGAAAAUAAUUCAUAUUUUUGACUUAAGAGAUAUAUAUUUGAUCAAUCUGACUUGUUGUGCAUUGAAGUAUACUGUUUAAAAUGUACUGUAUUCCAUUUUCAUUUUGUUUUUUGAUACAAGCAAUUUUCUGUUUGGAACAUUCUAGUCAUCUAUAUGUACUUACUUCAAAUAUUUAUUUCAUUUUUUGUUUCUAUAUUAUCAAAAUAAAUAUCACAUGUUUUUUUACGAUUAUAUCAGAAUUAUUUUCAUAAUAAAUUGAAUGAUGUUGUAAUGAAAAAAAUUACUGAUGGUAAUCUAUGGCCGUAUUUAUCAAACUUCCUAUGCUCUUUAGGAUUAACUUCGCUUAAUGCGGAAAUUGCAAAUUUUCUAAGAAAGUCAAAACAUAAUUAUUUCUAUGUCUUUUGCUCAAUAGGUUGUCAACUCACAACUAUACGAUCAGAGGUGUCAUUCUCACAACUCAUUUACACAGGAAAUAAUAACACAAUUACCUCCCAAUUACCUCCCUUGUUUUCUGUUCUCCACCAUGGAGUAGCUUUUUCAAACGUUUGAAAAUGAAGAGGAAAAUGAUAUUUUUGCCAAUUUCUCAGCUGGCAAUAGUGAAUUAUAGGAUUAAUAGGAUUAUUCUUUAACAAGGUAGGACUGUUUAUGGAUACCAUCUAUUUUCAGGCUUUAUUUUAAUAAAUUUUAAAAAUAUAACUUAAAAUUUGCAAUUUCCGCUUUAAGGUUUAGUAAUUUGACUGAAAUUUUCAAUAGAUUCAUUUUUCUUUAUCUAUUUUUAAACUAUUAUAGCAAAGAAUGACCAGCUCUUUAUGAAGGGUUGGGCAUUAAAGGGAGGUAAUUAUUUUAUCAAAACUAACAACUUUACUUUAGAAACUACACAUCAUAAUACUUGAAUCUAGAUUCAUUGUUUUUUAAACUAGUUGAAAUUGAGUAAGAUAUUUGUAUGUGUUGUUGGGUUGACCCUUGUCUGUAUAGGUGCUAAAGGACGACACUCAGAAAAUUGAAGAAUUAAAUAAGUUGUGUAACUUAUUAAGUUUAGCAAUCUAGGACUGUUGCUUUGAAGUCAAAAUAAAGUAUUUAUUUGGCUUGAUCUGAAACUAUAGCAUAAUUAUGAAUCAUAAAUCCUUAGUUUAACCCCAAAUCUUGCAAGUAUUUUGUUAUUUAUAUUUUGUUGAAUUUAAUAUAUAAUUUUGUUAUUGUAUUCAACCACAUCAGUGUCCCUGUGUCAAGGAAGCUGAUCAUUCCAAUAACCACAUUGUUUCGUUCAGAAGGGUCUAUAUCCUUUUCAUUAUCAACAGUUAACUCAUAAUAUUGAAAAUAUGCAGAAAUAGCUGUCUAAUAAAGAUUUAUACCAAAAUGUCAGUGUUUUAUGAUUCUGAUGUUAAUUCCACUUAAUCUGGGUUUAAAAACAUUUCUCUGUUUCUCCAGAUCAACCGACCCGUCAAAAACCUAUGACGAAGAAAUAUCUGUGAAUUCUUUUCUGAGGCUUUUAUAAUCAUAACAUUGUUAUUUUGCUGUCAUCACAGGCCUAUAAAGCAGUGGUGGGUCCAGGUGGGGUCCCUAAAUAACAAUAUUAAAUAAAUCACUUAGGUAUUCUUCUUCUAUGAAACAUGUAAAUUUCAUUAAUUGGGGCUAUACUGCAAUUUAGUGAAGUUGUUGCUGAUGAAAUUGAAUGUUAUACUGGGAUCCAGAUAAGAGACACAAAUCACCAUUGACAUCCCGAUUUUUCAAAAUUUUCUUGGAGGAUUGCGAGCACCCACUAACAAAAUAACCUGCGUCCGCCACUGCCAUAAAGUGUUUUUUAAUAAAUAUGCGUUAAGCUAUAAUUUGUUUAUCUUUUAAGCUUAAAAGCCUAGUUUUAAUUAUUCAUAAUAAUUAUUCAGCAUGACCAUACUCACAUUUAUAUCAUAAUUUUCUAUUCUAUCUGACUGUAUCUAUUUUAUUUUAAUAUAUUUGACCAUAUCUGUUUAUUUAAAUGUUAUAAAUUUUAUUUUGUUACUUGCAUAAUGUGACAGUCUCUUUCUGGGGAUAGCAGAGGACUCUACAAUAUUCACCUUCUCCAAGCUACUUUUUAGACAUCCGAUAAAGAUUUGGCAUACUAUUUCCAUUGUAUUUUGGCCAUUGUGAGAAAUAGAAAUGAAAUGGGGUUUAAUGUCCUACUGUUCUGCUCAGACUAGUCUAAUGAAGACGGACAUACGCCAUACAGUAUAGUAUGAGUGAAAUUUUGUCCGGAUAGCGGCACUACAGCCUACUCUUAUAUCGAAUACCAACUAAAAAGGGUUCUUUUACAGGCACACCAUUGUGUACACAGGACCUCAGUUUAAGUCCCAUCUGAAGAACUAUACAUUGUCCCUUGCUAAUAACCCGCCUUAAGAAGAAAUUAAUCAUCUAAAGAUUGUGUAAUUGUAAUAGUGAUUUUUAUGUAAUCUUUAUGGAAAUUCUGUAUCAGAAUGUAUACCAUCGAUCUGUUACUUACCUUUUCAAUCAGUUUUCCUUGUAAAAUAUGCUAAAAGAAUUUUAAUUUUGAAAGAUCUUAAAGGGGCAUUAGAACUUUUUGCUGGUCAGUAAAAUAAAAUAAAAUUAAAAUGGAUUUGACUUACGUGGUAGUUCAAGUUACAUUGUAUGCAAUAUUUGAGAAAAUCUGCUUUUCCAAGCUCCUGGAUUGUCGAUAAUUUAUCAAAUCUUGGGUUAUUUUGAAUGUGAUAUUAUGAAAUUAACUAUUUUUAUUUUCUUGUUGAAGGUUCCAAUUCCUCUUAAACAAGAUCCUAUUAAAAUGGGUAUUUCUGGCUCUCAGUCACACUUUUUGGGACACAAUAACUUUCCUUCUAAUUGAGCUAGAGUGUAGGUGUUUAUAGGGUGAAUGCCUUGGUGGAGUUUGAAGAUAAUCAUUUUCUGCUUAGAGUAAGCAGAGAUAAGCAAUUUGAUUGGUUGAUGCUUUGGAAAUCGAUAACUUUAGUUCUAAUUAAGCGAGAGUGAUGAAACUUGGUGUAUAGUUUCAUUACGCCAGUGCCUAAAGCAGAUCAAUAAACAAUUUGAUUGGUCGAGACUUUGGACACAAAAACUCUCCUUCUAAUUGAGGUAGAAUGCUCAAAAUUGGUGUAGGUGUUUAUUAGGUGAAUGCCUUGACAGAGUUCGAUCAUGCGCAUUUUCCACUAAGCCCAAGCAGAGAUAAGCAAUUUGAUUGGUUGAGACUUUGGAACACGAUAACUUUAGUUCUAAUUCGAUGAGAGCUAUGAAACUCUGAGUAUAGAUUCACUAUAUCAAUACAUUGACUAGGUUCGAUGAUGUGAAUUUUCUACUUAGGUUAAGUAGCGAUAAGCAAUUUCAUUGGUCGAUGCUUUGGAACAAGAUAACCUUGAGUCUAACUGAUAAUGGAGAGAGAUGAAACUUAGUGUAUAGUUUCACUACCAGGUACUUCAAAACUUGACUGAGUUUGUUCGUGAACAUUUUAUGCUUAUGUUUGAUUACUUAUAAUUUUGAAAAAGAUAAAUGUGCAAUUAAUUAAUAUGUAUCAUCUGUUUAUUUUGGGAUUUCGGCAGGGGACACCAGCCUCACUGUUGGCUUGCUAGCUUUAAGAGAGACUUGUUACUUGGUAUACUGAUUAACUGGUGUAUUGUAUAAAUAAUAACAACCUAAUUAAAACAAAA